UCCAGCAAGAAGCAAUGAAAAUAUUAACUUUUUGUUAUAUUUCUAUUUGUUUAGUUUUAGGAGGCGCUAGUGCCUUAAAUUCAAAGUGUGAAAGCCCAGCAAGCAGCACGACAGCAACCAACACGAGCUUCUCAAUUUCAAAUGAAUUGAAAAAUGGAACGGAAAAGCUUAAUCAAAAGAUUAACCCGAAGUUGACUCAAUUUAAAACUGAAAUCCAAGAUAUUCCGAGGGAAUUAACAGAACUGAUGGAACUUUACCAGGAACGGAUCAAUGAGGGACAAAUUGCAGAUGAUUGUGAAUUUCCGUUCCAAGUAGGAUUACAAAUUCGAAGAAAUUAUACGAAACCUCAGUAUUGGUGCGGUGGCGCACUAAUCAGUCCAGAUUGGGUUUUAACUGCAGCGCACUGUUUGGAUAACACAAUAUCGUUGACUGUUAUAUUAGGCGCCAGGAACAGAAAAGACGAAUAUGAACAUGGUCGUGUCACUCGUACAGUUGAAAUAUAUCAACUCACCCCUCAUCCUUUUUGGGACAAAAUUACCCUAGCGAAUGAUAUUGCUCUAAUUCGUUUAGUGCCUUCAAUUGUAUUGACAGACCGAAUACACCCAAUUAAGAUGCCGAACCUGGGGAUAAAAACUGACCUCUUCGAAGGAUCGAAAGCAUGGACAAGUGGCUGGGGACGGUUUUCGUCAAACAAAAAACCAAAAAAGCUAUCAUCAUUGCUCCGAUAUACACAAGGACAUAUUUUGGGAAACAAGGAUUGCAUGAAAUUCUUUCCGCUGUUGAUCAAACAAUCGAAUAUUUGUUUUAGCGGACAAAGACGUCGGGGAGUUUGUGAAGGUGACUCUGGUGGGCCACUUUUCGUUAGAGAUACAAAUGGAUAUCCGAAGUUAGUGGGAGUUGCAUCGUUUGGAACUGGUUGUGGAAGUCGCAGUCCUGGUGUUUUCACUCGCAUUACAUACUAUUUAGAAUGGAUUUCGUUUGUUACAGGGAUCAACUUGUAGAAUAAAACAG